AACUUCCCCUCCUAAUGAGGCACGCUCUUUUCUCCCCUCCCUCACCUGUUUAGCAAGUCGGCUUAGCUUGCUAGCUAGACUGAGUCGCUAACCAAAAAAAAAAAGAGAGUUAUUAUUAUGAAUUGAUUGAUUUCUAUAUUAUAUUUGAUAUCUGUUUCUUUAUAGCCCGAAUAACCAGACAGCUUACAAAAUGAACAUAAGAAACGCGAGGCCGGAAGACCUGAUGAACAUGCAGCACUGUAACCUGCUGUGUCUCCCAGAGAACUACCAGAUGAAGUAUUAUUUCUAUCACGGGUUGUCCUGGCCUCAGUUGUCAUACAUCGCAGAGGACGAAAAUGGAAAGAGUGGAUAUGUACUCGCAAAGAUGGAGGAGUACCCAGAUGAUGUUCCUCAUGGACACAUCACAUCUCUGGCUGUGAAGCGCUCCCACAGACGUCUUGGCCUUGCUCAGAAGCUGAUGGACCAGGCCAGUCGGGCCAUGAUAGAAAACUUUAAUGCUAAAUAUGUCUCGCUUCAUGUUCGUAAAAGCAACCGAGCAGCCCUUCACCUGUACUCAAACACACUCAAAUUCCAGUAAGUCUCAUUUCCAUGCUGUCAUUUGUUGAAUACAGUUGUUAUGGUAAUAAAUGAUCUCCUGGGAUAUAUUUCCAUAAUAAGCAUGGCAUGGUCAUAACCAUUCUGAUUGUCAGAAAGACAGACUGGGUUGAGAUGUCCAUUUAUGAGCUGAUUUAAAAAUGUUCAGUAUUUGAUGUAUGUUUGGUAACUAUGCUGACAAAUAACUUACAAGAAAUUGUACCACAGAAUGCCAAAGAUAUCUUACAGAGUUUGAAAAAGACUAAAACCACAGACAUUUUUGGAAGUAGAUGCAUAC